GGCGGUUCCUGCGACGCUGUUUCCACACGUGUGCUGCACCGGGGAUAAGCGGAGGAGUGUGAGAUCACGCAGGGAAACAUCAUGGUGUCCCAGUGUCAGAUUCGCGUGGUUCGUUCAGGGGGAAGCAAACUUGAUUAUAGACGGUCUGUGUUCUCUGCGGACGGCAAGUACCUCAUUUGUGUUUCUGGUGACUUUAUUAAGGUUUAUAGCACAUCAACUGAAGAAUGCAUACAUGCUUUGCAGGGUCACCGUAAACUGGUGACUGGCAUUGAACUUAAUCCAAAGAACCACCUCCAGCUUUAUUCCUGUUCAUUGGAUGGCACUAUUAAACUAUGGGAUUUCACUGAUGGCAUUUUAAUAAAGACUUUUUUAAUAGGAUGCAAAUUUCUUUCACUGUAUACCUCUGCUACUGAUGAUUUGGUUUUUGCUGUGACUCUCAAAAACAAUGACUCAGCCUCUUCACAGCUUGUUUCUGUGAAACUACCAAAGUCAGCAAGUCAAGAAUGUGAGGCUAAGGAAAUUUCAGUGAUAAUUGAAGAUGUCAGCCAUUUACCCAAAUGCACAGCAAUAGGAAGACAAUGUUUAUAUGUCGCCUCAGUCAAAGGAGUACAUCUCUCCAUCUACUACUUCAAAACAAAAAAGUCUUUUCGGUUUUCUUUAAAGGCCACAUCCAAGAAGGGAGCUAAUAAUAUUUUUACUGUUGUGGCUUGCCACCCGUCCGAGGACUGUAUAGCAACUGGUCACAUGGACGGCAGAAUAAGACUCUGGAGAAAUUUCAACCAUAAAAAAGAAUAUACCUAUACUUCUCUGCACUGGCAUCAUGAUUCUGUUAUGGAUUUGGCUUUUUCUGCUCAAGGCACUAAACUUUUAAGUGGGGGUGUUGAAUCGGUGCUCGUGCAGUGGCCUUAUGGCUCAGAAGAGAAGAAGGAAUUCCUACCUCGUUUAGGAGCUGCUAUUGAACACAUUUCUGUUUCUCCCCAUGGAACUCUUUACUGCACAUCUCAUACAGAUAACAAAAUCUCAAUCAUUGAUACCAGUUUAAAGGUUUCGGGCAUAAUCCAGGGCCUACUUAAAGGAACUGUGGUAAAGACUGGCUUGAUUGUAGAUCCGAGAAGCAAUGCAUUGGUCCUCAAUGGCAAACCAGGUCAUCUCCAGUUUUAUUCCUUGCUUAAUGACCGACACCUCUACAAUCUUGACAUAGUGCAACAAGAGUUCAUUCAUCAGGCAGGGCUGCAGUACAUGGAUUUGGUAAAAGCUUCAUUCAGCAGCACAGGGAGAUGGUUAGCAACAGUGGAAGAGUUACAAGGAGGAGAAGAUUCAAUGGAUCUUGAGAUGCAGAUGAAACUCUGGGAGUACCAGGACAAGUCUCAGAGUUUCGUCCUGAACACCACAAUUAACAGACCACAUGAAGAUCAUAUCACAUCGUUAUGCUUUAGGGAUGAGGGCAAUUCAGAGAAAGAGGCUCCAACAUUGGUAACCACUGGGAAAGAUGGCCUCUUUAAAGUCUGGAUGCUGAAUAAUAACUAUGACAUAUACAAGCAAAGUAGCAGCUGGCUCUGUGAUUUCGUUGGCGGCUACCACAAAAACCAAGCCACAAAUUGCUGUUUUUCUGAGGAUGGCUCUCUUUUAGCAGUUAGCUUUGAUGAGAUCAUCACUGUUUGGGAGUCUAGCACAUGGGAUCUCAAACAAACAUUCUGCCAGCCACCUGGAAAAAUAAGGAACCUAUGCUUUGGAAGAAUGAGUUGCUCUAAAUAUCUAGUCGCUUCCACGAAUAAUGGCUUUAUCUGCUGCUGGAACCUGCUAACCUGUGCAUUGGAAUGGAGAGCCCAGUUAGACGCUACCGUUCUGCAACCUGACCCUCUCUCAGAAAACAUCGCUGUGGUUUCAUGUUCUAAACGAUGGUCAAACUUGUUUCUGUUCCAGCCCUCUGAGCCCAGACCAUUUUACACACAAAAGAAUAUUUGCCAAGAAAAAGUACAAUGGGCUGUGUUUGUGCCAAAGGAGAUUCCAGAAUUUGUAAAAUCAGAAAGCCACCAGUGGCUGAACAAAUCCCAACUUUAUUUUCUUACAGAAAAACAGGAUCUAUUGACUUUCAGCUCCAAAUCUACAGAAGAAAGGCUGACACCUUUAAGCAAACAGCUGGCAGUUGAAGAAAGUUUGCCUGUCACACCUUUUCACCUACUGCUGGGUAAAAAAAGGCAGGAGGAACAAGAAAAGCUAGAUGCACAGUCAGUGAGAGCAGCCCCCAGCUUCCAUAGAGGUUAUCAAAACUCUGCAAUAAGAGAGGUUCUUCAUACACCAGCUCAUGUUUUGCCACCUGCAUCAGUUUUGUGCACCGUAUUUGUGAAUUCUUUGCUAAUCUCCAAAAAAAGCCAAAGUACGGAGGAAUCAAAAGAAGACGAAGAAAUGAAGAGUGAACACUCAGAAGCUGACUCCUCGGACGAAACUGAGGAAAUGGAAAGCCAAAAAAGAUUUCCCUCCGCAUUUUCAUUAGAUGUCGCUGCCAUGUUGCCUAAAUUCCAAGAAAAGGAGUUGAGAAGAAUACGAAGGACUGAUUACAGCUGGAUAUCUUCCUUGUAAGACUGCCACAUCGAAAUCUGGGACUUUGUUUUUAUAUUCAUAAAGCAGAGCUUUGUAAUCAUUACAAAUCUACUCCUAAAAACCUUUGCUUUGUUUAUAUCUGGCAGACAUACUGGUUUCUCUACUGGUGUUUUUCUGCCUCCCGAGAAACCACUGAUUCUUCUGCUUUCCACCCCAAAUUCUGUGCAUUAGUCUUAAAUUUGAGCAUUCAGCUGUUGAUGUUCUUGUCCAGAAAUAGGUGAAGAUGAACAAGAAUGAAAGGCAAGCUUUGUUAGUCUCUCUCUGAAUUUCAGACUAUUGCAAUUGUAGGAAAAUGGACACUCUCCCUACAGCAAUCACCUCAUUUAUUACUAGAUCCUAGUAUGAAUAAGGUUAUGGGAAAGUGAAAAUGAUUACCAUCACUAACCUUGGACCCUGGGCCAAUCAUACAGUUCUUUUCACUGAAAACACUCGCUGGCUGGUGAUUGUUUGAUCAACCAAUGCAAAUCUUUUAUGAAGCAUAGUCUUCAUAGUCAUCCUGUGACUUGAUUGUUGAUCUUGCAUUUGCGGAAAAAGUCUUAGGACUAUUUGUAAAUGAUAAACUCCACUUUAAUAAGCAGUGGCAGUCUAAAGCAGCAAGGGCUUUUACAAGGGCUGUAGUUUCUUCCCUUUUAUAUAAACGGUGCAGUUCUCCUCGCUGGUACAUAUAACACUGUACAUAACUUCCUGUUCAUAGACGGCAACUUUAUAGCAAGUAAAGAUCCCCAAAGACGCAAAGAUUUCUCUUGCUGAACGACCGAUUUUAGCGAAGUCCGACCAAUCCUUCGAAAUUAUCGUGUGGUUAGUGGGAUUCGAACGAUCGAACAUCUUACGAUUUUUCAGCCGACAUCUGUCAGGAAAUUUAUCGUCCAGGUUAAAAAAUCUCUAUCGGUCCCAGUGCAAUCUAUCUGUGUUUGCAGGGCCAAGCAGGCAGCUCCCCUUUGUUUUUCUGGCAAAUUGGUCUUUUUAGUUGAUGGACACAUUGUACGAUCGUUCCGAGAUAAUCUUGGUCUCACGAUGACGAUCGGAUCUUUUAAAAAUCUCAACAUCUAUGGCCAGCUUAAGAUGAUUGCUGUUAUUAAUACUUAAACUGCAGGGUUGCUCUAAGAUUUAGGGAGAAUUCUUUUCCUUUGAGAAGGAAACUGGAAAUAAUUUCUGACGUUUGAACUUGAUGAACAUUUUUCCCUCAGUUGUCACUAUGAAUGUCUGAUCAAUAUUAUUUCAAUUUACCUGUAAAACACAUUGGAUGUGGAGGUCAGUGCUUAAGUAUGUAUGGCUAGUUCUGUAAUUGGUUUGCUUAUUUGUACUGAUAAUUAAAUAGCUCCAUGACUUCAGAAGUUUUUGAGUAAAGAUUUCUGCGUACAAAA